UGCAGCAGUACCUGCAAAACCACCGCUAGCGGUCGUCACUCCAGGGCCUCGAGUACUUCGUAAGCACAUGUCCGGCACUGCAUAAUUCUCUGAAGGCUGAGUACUGCAUUCUCAUAUUUAUUAAAUCCUCGUCUACCCUCACUGUUCCCCAGAACCAAUUCUCGCUUUGUGGGGGUCCGAGAGUAAGCUGUACUAUCUGCGUCUCAUCUCGUAUAUUUGUCAAGCCGCAUUUAUACUUGGCAAGCCCCGGUUUCAGCUGACCCCCGAGUUCCUUUCCAUUUCUUUACCUCAUCUGCACAGUCGCUUUUGUGCUGUUCUCCGUUUCAACAAUCCAGAUACAGGUCGAAAAUAAUGAGGAGAAAUGUAGUUGCCUCAGGCCUCUUGGCUCUUGCUUCUCACGCAUCGGCUCAAGUUGCCAGCGUCUGCCCCACCACCGAUGUGUGCUUUAAAUUAAACAUUCCAUCGAAUACUGCUUCAUCUGGCACUGGAGACAUUUUCUUCCAAAUAUCCGCCCCGAGCAACUAUGAAUGGGUCGCGCUUGGUCAAGGAAGCGGGAUGAGCGGGUCCAACAUCUUCACUAUCUACACCAACUCGGGCGGAAACAAUGUCACCCUCUCCCCACGAUUGGGAACAGGCCAUUCUACGCCGAAUUUUAAUAGCAAUGCGAAAGUGACUCUUCUAGAGGGAUCAACAGUAUCCGGUGGCAAGAUGAUCGCCAACGUCAAGUGCUCGAGCUGCAACAGCUGGUCUGGUGGUUCUGCAUCCUUUUCUGGCAGCAAAGGAAACUGGAUUUACGCCUAUAAGUCCUCUGGGGGACCAAAGAACUCGAACGACCAGAGCGCAGGCAUCUCACAGCACAACAACGAUGCCGCCUUCUCCUGGGACUACACAAAUGCCAAAGGCGGAGAUAGCGUUAAUCCGCUUAUUAAUUCUAACUCUUCCCCGUCUGGCACUGCUUCCGGCGGCAAUAGUGGCGGUAGCGCAACGAACUGUGUGCCACGACCUACAACAGGCACCUUUGCAUCUGGCGCCGCCACCGCCUCGGCAACCAAGUCCUCUGGGGACAACAACGAAAACGAGAGCGAGGGAAAUGGCCGACCCACGUGGUUACCCUCGAGCUUCCCAAGCGGAUGGAGAACUGCAUACCCCACCGCUUCUCCCACUGGUGACGAUCACCGGGGCCCGCAUAAGCGCGCGGAAAUCAAUUAUUGUGAUUCCAACUCCCCGACUAGCAACAACGGCAAUGGCUUUACUCCUCUCGGUGCUUCCAGCGACUUGAUUCAGACAAAGAAGAUGCUUAUUGCUCACGGCACGCUUGCGGCUCUCGCAUUUGUCAUUUUCUUCCCCGCCGGCGCCAUUGCUAUUCGUCUUGCAUCGUUCCCGGGUGUUGUUUGGUUUCAUGCAGCGUUCCAAUGUUUCGCUUAUUUGGUUUACAUUACUGCUUUUGGACUCGGUAUCUACAUUGCGAACGACAUGAAAGUUCUGAACAACUACCACCCAAUCAUUGGCAUUGUUGUUUUUGUUUGUCUCUUCUUCCAGCCCAUCUUCGGAUUCCUCCACCACUCGCUCUUCAAGAAGUACGGCUCUCGCACUUUCUGGUCCUACAGCCAUCUUUGGCUUGGACGAAUUCUCAUCACCCUCGGAAUCAUCAACGGUGGCCUUGGUUUCAAGCUGGCAGAUACGAUGGGCAUGGGAUCUCACAACGGCAUGAUUGUUUACUCGGUGGUUGCUGCGAUCGUAUGGCUUGCGAUGGUUGCUGCAGCUAUUGUGGACCGACCGCCAAAGUACACGGACUCUCCUCGCGAGACGCAAGAAAGAGGAGAUAUUCCGCCGCCAGAUGGGCAUUAUGCACCGAGGCCAUCCACCAUGGGAGAGUCCAGACAGGAACUCGUCGCUUGGUUAAACAAUCUGCUCCAACUCAACAUUACCAAAGUCGAACAAUGCGGUACUGGAGCAGCGCUUUGCCAGGUCUUUGACAGCAUCUUCUACGAUGUACCCAUGGGCCGAGUCAAGUUCAACGCCAAUACCGAAUACGCAUAUCUCCAAAACUUCAAGAUACUGCAAAAUGUAUUUGCCAAACAUCAUGUGGACCGGCCCAUCCCCGUCGAAUCGCUCGUAAAAUGUAAGAUGCAAGAUAACCUCGAGUUUCUGCAAUGGACCAAGCGAUACUGGGACCAAUACUUCCCCGGCCACGACUAUGAUCCCGUCUCGCGACGCAAAGGCUCCGGCGGACUUCCAGCGACCGGCGCCCCAGCAGCACGUGCGGCAACCACGAGCGCCGCGCGUCGAGCCCCCGCUGCGAGCAACUCCGCCGCACCCAGGACUCGCACACCCCUAGGCGCCGGCGGUGGGGCGGCCAGCGCAGCAUUGCGCGAAGAGAACAACGUUCUGAAAGAGACAGUUACUGGCUUAGAGCGGGAGAGAGAUUUCUACUUCAGCAAGCUCCGCGACAUCGAGCUUCUGAUCCAGCAAUCCAUGGAAGCCGACCCGGAACUCGAGAAGGAAGAAGGCUUGCUCAAGCAGAUCCAAACGAUCCUGUACUCCACUGAAGAGGGAUUCGAGAUCCCUGCCGAAGCCGAGGGCGAGAUUGGAGAAGAGGAGACAUUCUAGACCAGGCGUUAUGUUAUGGAGACAUAUUGCAUUUAAGCGAGCGGGCUGGAUUAGCUUGGGUCGGGAUAUCGUUUAGCCUUUCACGGGCUUUCUUCUCUCAGAGGUUUGUGAUGACUGAUGAAGCAUGAAAAUGGGGGCAUGUGUGGCGUCGCUUAUAUGUCACUGUGGCGGUGGUGGUCAGUGUGCGAUAUGUCUUGUUGGUGAUAGACUUGGAAGGACUAGCAGUACAGCAUGGUAUGGUACAUGUGGGUGCGUAUCUACAUGGACUUCUUUUCUCAUUCGAGUCUACAUGUAGUAUUGUUUCGAAUGGGUGGAUGGAUUUCAAUGGAAAGUGAGCUCUAUGUCUCUGCAGUGCGACGCUUAAUGCG